GGAAAGGAGAAAGGAAAGGGAGACGCGGCUGGGUGCGGCGCGGUGCGGCGCGGCUGCGAGACCGGCAGGAGGGCGCCGCCCCCUCCCCCGCCCUCUCCGCUGAGGAUGGAAGUGACGAAAGCAGCCGAGGAGGUCACUUCCUGCUGGGGUGGAUGAGGAGGAGCCGGAGACGCCGCGGAGGAGACCGGACCGAAGGCGGACCGUGCGGGGGAGAGCAGGAGGGUGAAAAUGAAAGCAGGCUGUAGCAUCGUGGAAAAGCCAGAAGGAGGUGGAGGGUAUCAGUUUCCUGACUGGGCCUAUAAAACAGAGUCGUCCCCGGGCUCCCGGCAGAUCCAGCUAUGGCAUUUCAUCCUGGAGCUGCUGCAGAAGGAGGAGUUCCGCCAUGUCAUCGCCUGGCAGCAGGGAGAGUACGGGGAGUUUGUCAUCAAGGAUCCAGACGAGGUGGCCCGCCUCUGGGGCCGCAGGAAGUGCAAACCACAGAUGAAUUAUGACAAGCUGAGCCGGGCCCUGAGAUACUAUUACAACAAGAGGAUUCUUCAUAAAACAAAAGGGAAAAGGUUUACUUAUAAAUUUAACUUCAACAAGCUGGUGAUGCCCAACUACCCAUUCAUCAACAUACGGUCAAGUGGUGUGGUUCCUCAGAGUGCACCAGCAGUGCCAACAGCCUCUUCCCGCUUCCACUUCCCACCUCUGGACACCCAUUCUCCAACCAGUGAUGUGCAGCCAGGGCGGUUCUCUGCUAGCUCCCUAACUGCUUCUGGCCAGGAGUCAAGCACUGGCACUGAUAGAAAGGUGGAGCUUUCGGAGCUGGAGGAUGGCUCGGCCGCUGACUGGCGCCGGGGUGUGGAUCUCAUGUCCUCCCGAAAUGCUGUCGGCGGAGGGAUUGGCCAUCAGAAGCGCAAACCUGACAUCAUGCUUCCCCUGUUCUCUAGGCCAGGGAUGUACCCUGACCCCCAUAGUCCCUUCGCCAUCUCUCCCAUCCCCGGCCGUGGAGGCGUCCUGAAUGUCCCCAUUUCACCAGCCCUCUCCCUGACUCCCACCAUCUUCUCCUAUAGCCCGUCGCCAGGCCUGAGCCCCUUCACCAGCAGCAGUUGCUUCUCCUUCAACCCUGAGGAAAUGAAACACUACCUUCAUUCUCAAGCCUGUUCUGUGUUCAACUACCAUCUGAGUCCGCGGACAUUUCCUCGUUACCCAGGGCUCAUGGUUCCACCGCUGCAGUGCCAGAUGCAUCCUGAGGAGUCAACCCAGUUUUCCAUCAAGCUGCAGCCCCCACCUGUCGGGCGGAAGAACCGGGAGAGGGUGGAGAGCAGCGAGGAGGCAGCGCCUGUCACUGUUCCCACGCUGGCUCCUGUCCCCCCGAGAAUUAAGGUGGAACCAGCCUCUGAGAAGGAUCCUGAGAGUCUCAGGCAGUCGGCACGAGAAAAGGAGGAGCGCUGUCAAGAAGAGGGCAGUGUGCCAAGCAGGACCACAGAAGAGGAAAAAGGCACCAUCUUUGCCCGCCCAGCUGCACCGCCUGUCUGGCCCUCUGUACCCGUUAGCACCCCAAGUGAAGAACCCCUAGAGGUGACUGAAGACAGUGAGGACAGGCCUGGCAAAGAGCCCGGUGCACCUGAGAAGAAAGAAGAUGCCCUGAUGCCCCCCAAGCUUCGGUUGAAGCGGCGCUGGAAUGAUGACCCUGAAGCCCGGGAGCUGAGUAAGAAUGGCAAGUUCCUCUGGAAUGGGUCAGGACCCCGGGGCUUGGCAACGGCUGCUGCUGACGCUUAGAACUGGAAGCUGAUUGGGAGCUGUUUAUACUAUAAUCAAACACAUACAUGUAUUUAUGUAGCAAGAU